AUAACCUCACGUAGCAGAAUCCAUCCAUCUACCACCUCUCUCUACAAUUGAUCAUAUCUGGUGCUUCAUUCAGACCGAGUUCACUGACCAUCACAGCAUCGGGCUACUACACCAUGAGUGUGAAUACCUAUCUCGAUCUCAGCAAGACUCUGUACACUGUUGUCUUUGCGGUGUUUCUCAGCGGGGUCUGGAGACUGAGUAAAAUCGGCCGACGAGCUAAAGCGUUGCCCCCUGGACCACCAACACUCCCGAUCUUGGGCAACCUGCAUCAAAUCUCUUCCGAGAAGAGACACCUUCAGUUUGAGAAAUGGAGUCGCGAAUACGGUCCCAUCUACUCUCUCGUGCUCGGGACACGCACGAUGAUUGUGCUCAACUCGGCGCAAGCAGUCAAGGAUCUCCUCGACCGACGCGGGGCCAUCUACUCCUCUCGGCCCGAUAGCUAUGUGGCCCAAGACGUGCUGAGCGGUGGGUUGCGAGUGCUGUUCAUGGAGGAUGGCGCGACGUGGAAAUCGAUUCGACAGCUGGCGCAUCGCAUCCUCAACGUUGCAGCGGCGCGCACCUAUGUCCCCUACCAAGACCUGGAAAACCGGGCCAUGCUGAAGAGCAUGCUGGAGACCCCGGCGCACUUCGUCGAUCACAUCCGCCGCUAUUCCGGCUCGUUGACGACGCAGAUGGCCUUUGGGUUUCGCACCACCACGAUCGAAGACCCGAAGUUCAAGCAAGCCUUUGAUACCUUCGAUCGGAACUCCGAGAUUAUCACGUCCAAGACCGCGGUCUUACUCGAUUUGUUUCCCAUUCUCCGAUCCCUGCCGGAUUUCAUGCUGCCGGUGGUCCAGGAAGCGAGGGCGGUGCACCGCCAGGAGCGUCAGUUGUUCCGAGAUCACUAUCUGGAUGCCAAACGGAGACUCCAGGAUGGCACAGCCAAGCCCUGUUUUUGCGUCGACCUGGUCCGCCUACAACAAACCGAGGGGUUCUCUGACGACAUGGCGGCCUACAUCAGCGGGGCGCUGCUGCAGGCGGGCUCGGAGACGACGGCCAGCAUUUUGGUGGGCUUCGUGCAGGCGCUGGUGAUUUACCCCGAGGUGGCACGGGCUGCCCAGGCGGAGUUGGAUCGAGUCUGCGGCGACCGACUGCCUGAUCUCAACGACGUGCCGGAUUUGCCCUACAUUCGCGCCUGUGCGAAGGAGACCCUCCGCUGGAUGCCCGGCUUUCUGUUAGGGGUUCCGCACGCGACCACGCAGGAGGAUACCUAUAUGGGAUAUCGGAUCCCCAAGGGGGCAACGGUGAUUGUGAAUGUGUGGGCGCUGCACUCCGAUCCCGACCGGUAUCCCAACCCUCGCCGCUUUGACCCGAUGCGCUUUAUCGAGGACCACCAGACCUCGGCGGAGGCGGCCACCAAUGCCAAUGUCCGCCAGCGCGAUCACUUCGUCUUCGGGGCUGGCCGUCGCCGCUGCCAAGGAAUGCACAUCGCGGACCGGUCGAUGUAUCUCGCUAUCUCGCGCCUGCUGUGGGCGUUCGACUUCCAGCGAGUGGUCGACCCAGUCACCCAGCGGGAGGUCGUCCCCGACCAGGAUGCGCUGGUGGAGGGCCUGAUGGCGAUGCCUAAGCCCUUUCCCGUGACUAUUACCCCGAGGAGUGGGGAGAAGGCCCAACGGGUGCGGGAAGAGUGGGAGACGGUCCAGCCCAUGUUGGAUGAGGCUGGUCAGUGGAAGUCUGUGCCAGAAGGAUUGAUCUGGAAGGAUGAGGUGGAAACGGUCUGAUAUGACCCGACAUUUUGAUUGGGGGGUGGUUGAAGUGUUGGGGAACUAUCAUGGAGACUGGGAACAGUAGUUAGUAG